AUGCAGCAGCAGGUAUCCUUGGUAGAUGGGUUCUCUGGAGCAAAGACGGCCUUAGAGGAAAUGAUGGAGCAGAUGAAAGAAACAGCCCGUAAAGCGGCUGCGGAAAAACCACUGGCCCUAGAGACAGGUGGCGGCGGAUCAGGCCCACCUCCAAAACCACCUCCCCAACAACCAGUCGCCCCUCCAGCCGGCUCCGAAUCCAGUGAAGACCUCGAGGAACAAAGCCAACAAGGGCAGCAAGGAGGCCAAGGGGCACAAGGUGGAGGUAACGGGAAUGGCAACAAGGGAGGUAAUGCCCCGGAAGCACCCGGAUCAUCCCCAUCGGAUUCCUCAGAUUCGGAAGGCGAACGCCGCAAGCGGCUGGAACGUAAGAAACGAAGACACGAAAGUAGGCGCCAACGAGAGCAAGAACCCUCGCACCCCCCUCGCGCCACCAUAGGUGAUGCACCCAAGAAAGCCAACAUUCCCUUCUCCAGAAGAGCCGAUCAAGAUGUAAGACUCUGGAUCGAUCAGAUGGAAAUCCUAAUUAGUCUCCAGAAGAAGGUCCAAUGGGAUAACGGCACUAAGAUUAUGUGGGCAUCCCUCGAGUUUACCGGUAGUGCGGCGAAUUUUUGGCGGAAUUUUACGGAGAGGUUAGCUGUGGAUAGCAGCAUCGGAACCUGGGAACGGUUCAAGCAAGAACUCCGCACCCAAUACGGCAACCGCACGAGUCAGGAACAGGCCAAGCAAAAAAUGGAUAAGCUCCGGCAAACUGGCCCAAUCGACGACUACAUCAAUGAAAUGCAGAACCUAGAAUGGGACGCACGAGUUGGACCAGUUGUCAUGAGAUCCAUGAUUCUAAUAGGAAUAAACUCCUCGCUGGAACAACGGCUCUCCAAUGCGAUUGAGGAACCUGGGGAUUUCGUGGACUGGUUAGCCUGGGUACGAAAAGUCGGACCCAAGGACCAUGAGGUGAAGGCUCGGAAAGAAAUCCUGCGAGGUAAAGACACUGUGAAACCUCGCGAGGAAAAAACGGAACGGCGGAAAUCGCGCAACAAUGCAAAUCCUCGGAAAACUUUCCCCGCAUUAGCCAACAACUCCAAAACCUCGGAUGACUUAGGUGUUACCAAGGAAGAGAAGGAGAAAUGGCAGAAGGAAGGAAAGUGUUUCCGUUGUGGUAGAGAUAACCACUUUGUAAAGGAUUGCGUGGCGACGAGCAAGGUCAGGUUAACGAACCUGAAGUGA